AUGUCAUUUCAAUAAAGUCAUACAUAUAUUUUUGACAAUAUUCAAAAUUUAAAGUUAUUUCCAACAAAUCGUUAUUAUUUCAACUAAUUGGACGCUACUCUCGGAACAAACAUAAUUUAAGAAUGAAAAUAAUGUAUACAAGUGAGGGGGAUUAAUAUAAAAUAGAAAAAAUACAAUGGAAGUUUUAGAGAAGGAUUUUUCUUUCCAUACAGAAAGUUUGAGUUAUAAUACUGCAGAAUUUGAGAACGAAUCUAACAUGACGCUUAUAAACUCGAAACACGAUAUAAGAUUGACUCAAAAUCAAGAUUUUCCUGCUUUAUCUUCAACAUCAGAUCUGGCGGACGAUAAGAUAGAUAAAAGACUUCCAAAUACUAUUGAAAAUAAUGAAGAUGAGUCCCUAACAAGAUCCAGUUUUACAGAAAUAAAUGGUGAACCGCAUUUGUUGCAUAAAUAUAAAGAAACAUACGCGCUCAGAAAGAAAAACAUUAUAAUAAGAGAUCUCUUAGCGGAUGCGGAAAUACUUAAUCAAAAACUCAAAUUAGAACAACAACAAAUAGUUGAAAAUUUGGAGAAUCACAAAACUACGAUAUUAGAAAAACUUAGCGAAACUAAAUUUAUUGUAAAAACUAUUAAUCAGCUUGUGAAUGGCAACGAAAAUUUGAGAAAUAAAGUAGAAGAUUUGAACAAAGAAAUCGAAAAGUUGAAGAUAGAGCUAAUCGAAAAAAUCGUGACAGCUACUGGAGCCAAAAGAUGUCUAGCGAACGAAGAAAUAGCCAUAGAACAUCUAGCGAGAGCUUACGAAAUCAAAAGGCAAGAAAUUAAAACGUUGAAUUGUAAAAUUGAUGAAGCCGAAAAGAUUGUUCGCGAUCUGAAAAGUAGAUGUGAAUAUUUCCAAUCAACAGGUGCUACAACUAUAAUGUAAAAUAAAUUUAAUAUAAAUUCACUUAAA